CUAUAAAUAUCUCCAGGCCGGUCCCCUCGCUGUAAAAAUCUCUCUGUUGAGAUGUGCUCUCUCAGCUCUUCCUCCGAGUCUCAUAUUUUUCUUCUACAAACCCUAGAUAAGAUUAUUAUUCUUCUCUAAAACAUCAGAUUUCUGAUCUCAAAUCUCUCUCAGGUUAUACGUUUCUCCUUCAAUUUGGUUUUGAAGUUGUUAAAUUAUUCCUUAAGAAAAUGGAGAGCGUUCUAACGGCAACGGAGAAGCAGAGUAUGGUCUCAUCCUUCCUCGAAAUUGCGGUGGGGCAGUCGGCCGAGACAGCCAGGCAGUUCUUACAGGCCACGAGUUGGAAACUUGAGGAAGCUAUUCAGUUGUUCUAUAUUGGAAAUGAAGGUGGGGUUUUGCCAUCCUCUUCCUUCUCUUCACCAACCGAAAAUGCUUCUCCAUUGCCUGGACCAAGCCUAGGUGGACCGGAAAGAAACAUUGAAAAUGCUGGACAAGAUGAUGGAAGUGAAGAAGUACGACCUGCUUUACCAGUUAAAAGAGAGGUUCUAUAUGAUGAUGCUAUGUUGUAUAGAACCUCAAGAAUGGGAUAUCCAUCACAAGAUGCAAGUUCAUUGGUUGCAUUUCGUAAUUUUGAUGAGGAGAUGAAACGUCCGGGUGUUUGGGAAUCAGACCAAGGAGCUGCAUCCUCAACAGAGAUUGCCCGGGAUAAUCUUGCUUCAUUAUAUCGUCCUCCUUUUGCCUUGAUGCUCCAAGGACCUUUUGACAAGGCCAAAGUUACAGCUUCUGAACAAGACAAGUGGCUUCUGGUAAACUUGCAGUCUGCCAAGGAAUUCAGCUCACAUAUGCUGAACCGGGACACAUGGUCAAAUGAAGCUGUGGCUCAGACCAUCAGGACUAACUUUAUCUUCUGGCAGGUAUAUGAUGAUACUACUGAAGGCAGGAAAGUCUGCACUUAUUACAACUUGGAUUCCAUUCCUGUGAUUCUUGUUAUUGAUCCCAUCACAGGGCAAAAAAUGCGGUCAUGGAAUGGAAUGGUCCAUCCAGACCGUUUGUUGGAGGAUCUAUUACCAUUCAUGGAUGGUAGCCCCAAGAACCAUCAUAUCACUCUUCCUCAUAAACGUCCACGUGACAGUUCUCAGAUUUCUACCCAAAAAGCACAAGGCAAGUGGGUAAAGACAGAUUUUGAAGCCAGUUCUGUAGUUUCGAAAGACAUGUCAGUUAGUUUACAUGUCUUACGGGAUUUCUCCUUCAUGGCUCAUGCAAUACGGAUAAUUAUCGUCUUCCUCCCAAUUCUGCAUGCAGUCUGUUUCCCCGUCCUCUUAAUUCUUUUUUCUAUUCUGAAGAAGGAAAAUGAAUGAAGCUUCUAGAAGUUUCAUCAAAAUCUGUGUUUGUGUCAGACAUGUCCAGAAAUAGCAAAUGUGAGUGUCGUUGCAUAGCAUAUUGAUUACAUUUUGUUAUUUCUGAUCACACACACUGAGGUGCCAAUGUUUGGCUUAGCAAGAAUCAAGCACUUUGAAUAUAUAGCCAAGUUGGAGGGCAAGUAAAAAAACCAUCAAUAGUUGGACCUUGUUGGCCAAUCAUGUGUCGAAUAGGAUGAUUUUAUCACUCUUGUAUUUUUUUUUUUCCUGUUAUUUCUUACACUUUUUGGGGGUGAGGGUUGUUAGUUCUGAUUUUUAUUCAAAAUUCUUUACACCGAGUAGCAUCUUUCUUUCCAGCAUCUAGUUCUCGCUUUCAAACAUAGAUCUCUCGCUUUCUGCUUCCUAUUGCCCGAUGAAGAGCUAACCUAGUGCAGACUGAAUCCUUACACCUUUCGUCAAAUAAAGUAAAGCUACCACUCCUUUUGGGGUCAUGAGGUUGAUCCUCGGGCCGAACAGAAACCUGUGGGCGAUCAUCACCAAAAAGUUUCCAUGUUAUGACUUCAUCUGCUUACUUAAGUAGCUCUGAUCAUAGGAUGUAAGUAGUGGUCCUGUAGUUGCUUAAGUUAGUGAGGGGUUUUUUUUUGUAUCUGUUAUUUUAAAAACUUUGUAAUCAUAUUAAUGCUCGCUAUAUGGGGUACCGUCAGAAUUAUUAGGUGGUUACAGAUUUUAAUAUCUGAAAUUCCAGAUUCAAAUCAAGAAAUAUCCAUCCAGAAUGCGAGGGAUUGAUGGCGUGGAUUGAUGAGAGAGAAAAGGGUGAUCGAUGUGUGGUGGAAGAAGAUAAAGUAGCCAACCAUACCUCAUCACACCCCUCUUUCCUUAUUUCAGAUUCUGUUUUCCCUCCCAUAUUCUCUCUCCUUUAACCAUCGAUAAGUCUUUUCUCUCUGUUCCAACUCAUGAAUUUCAAAUAAUUAUAUUAUCUUAAACUCUUUGGACUGCCUAAAUUAGUAAUUAGCAUACUAUGGCUUAUUACCAUUGCUAUGAAACAUUUCAAUGUUACGACAUUUAUUUAUUUUCCUUUAAGGGUGUCUAUAAUCCAAUUCAUAAGAUAGCCCAUCAUAUCUCUGUUAUAAUGUUGAUCAUUGAUAAUUCUAAUGAUUCUAUGUAUUUGAAUAUGUUUUUCAGACCAAAUCUGUCCUGGCUAGCAAGAUUUUGACACUUGUACCCAUUUUCUGCAGCAUAUGUUAGAUUUAAAUAUUUACUGGAAUUUUAUUUUGGAAAAUUUGGUUCUUUUAUCUUAAAAGUUACCAGAAUUCCUAAAAAUAUGUUGUUGAUCUUUAGUGAAUUUUUCUUCUUUCAAAGCGUAAGGAAUUUUCUUCCUUUUUCCUCUUUUAGAUCAUUUGAGGUCUUUGUAUCUACUCAUCAUCUUCCUUUACUUGCUU